GGGCUUGUUGUACUUAACCAGCUUCAUACACUACGGACGGGCGUCUUCAAGUCAGCACCGCUGUCAAUUCGUGACCGUCGUGCUAUAAAGUAGCUACCACCGGCAUCCAGACCUGACGACGCUGCUGACGACGUGCAAUUGCUCAUUCUCAUCAACAUUGCAUUGUGACUCGGAAGGCCAUAAUACCCGUACAAGCUACUUCGAGUCUGUUACGGCGUCUCCUAGCCACCGCCCGCUCGCCCCAAGCGUGGAAGGCCAAUUUUGGACAAGCCAGCAACGCUUCUCUUUCUUCCACUUUUGUUCGCGUGCUACAAGGCUGCAAGCUCGGCCCAGGCUUCUGCGAAUUUUCGACUGUUUUGUUUAGCAAGCAUGGUGCGCCUGAAACAGCCUUCGGUCAUCUAGAACAUGCAUAACUUGCGUACAACACUCUGAGCAGGACAUCCCUGACCGGCAAACGCAUCACCGCUAGUUCUUCUAGCAAUGGCGUCCGAAUGCUCCUUCAAUUCCGAUACAGGAGACCUACAAACACCUUCGUUGGGUGGUAGCGGCUCACCCAUGAUUGUCGACCCUCGUCAGGAACACCUCGAGCAGGAUUUCACGACCUCUCACAACAACAGACCGCCCAGGUGGGUCAACGCGACCUUAGAUCAGUUCGGCGGUACUGCCAUGUACCACCUGUACCGUCUUGGUGAGCAGCGAGACCCGUUUCCGAAUCCACGUCAGACGCUUUACGAGAUUCAACAGGCGGUGAAUGAGCGCACCAGCCUCGGAGAUGGUGGCUUUGUGAACAUUGGUGAGAUUCCAUCGGGUCUGGGACGUUUUGAAUGGCUAGAGCUCAACGUUGACGACGUUUGGGCACAGCAAAUCGGCUUCACCGACCCGUCUCAAAUCGAAGAGGCGCGUGGCGCAGGCUAUUUCUCCCGCGGUCCGUACCCACAAGACAGUCCAAUGACUGUGUGGUAUCCUUACCGUCCAUAUCUCAAUCCGGACAGUGAACCAGGCGUUCCGGGUCAAUGGGCGUUUCACACCAGCUAUCCGGCCAACUCAGAUAAGCAGAAAGCGGAAAGCUUCUUCGGAGGUCUGCUUGGUCGUGAGCCAACUGCAAAGGACGUCUGGCAUCUCCGCAUCCAACUGCUUGACCCUCGGAGUGAGAACGUCGAUCUUGUCUGGAUCCCUCAUCAAAAGGAAGACAGCGACAGCGAUGACAACGACGGCAACGAGCUCAUCCCCUUUGGUCAUAAGCUGGGUCAAGUCGAUCCGUUUUCCGGCCUCAUCCACAACCCGCUCAAUCGUGGCGAGAACGACCAGACCGGCGGAUAUAACGCUGAUUACUACACCCGGUCCAUCAACCGCCGGGCGUACACCCUUGACCGGCAGAGAGCUCACCAUAACCACGCUGAGCCUCACAAGUCGUGGGUCGUGGACAAGAGCGGCCACUGGAUGCAAUGGCCCGGCUACGGCACUCUCAACUGGUCGAUUAAGGACGCGGUUGAGAGGAUGAACAAAUGGCGAGUGCAGAAGCUGAGCCGAGACGGCUGGCCUGCCAAGCGCGCCGAGGCUGGAACGGCAGCGCCAGUCCAACGUAAGGGCUAUACGGAUGGACAGCUUGAUUGGCUGAUGGACGACAUCAAGAAAGGCAAGGGUAAGCUCACGAUGCGCAUAUCGAAGCUUGCGGCCGAGUUCAAUCGUCGGUUUAAGGAGGAGCGACCGGACUCAGGUGUCCAAUCUUGCGUUAACCGUCUGAUCGCGCAGUACAAGAAGUACGGUGAUCGGAAGCCGAAGACAGGCACGCAGGACGGAACGCCGGAGCAAGAGAGUGAGGCGGAGGACGAGGAGGAGAUGUAGCAGUGAGUCGCAUGGUUCCCAAGCAUAAAGCAUGGCGUGAUGGUAG